GACAUGAGUGUGAAAUGUGCCACGAUAAGUUCCCGACCGCGUCACGUCUGGGGCAGCACAUGGUCGGUACUCACAAGCGACCCGGCCCUAAUGCUUGCGACUUGUGCCAUAAGUCCUUCUUCAAGAAAUCGGCAUUGAUGACCCACCGCGCGACGAUCCACAAGAUAGGACCCGUUGUAAUAGAGAAAAAGAAAAAGGAUAAGGUGUGUGAAACAUGCGGUAAAGGAUUUUCGUCAACCGCGGUGCUAGCGAACCACAUCCGCACACACACGGGCGAGAGACCGUGGCACUGCCCCGACUGCCCCGCCACCUUCAAGGCAAACGGCACGCUACAAGCACACCUGAUGAGCAUCCACGACAAGACCGUCAACAGACUUGGCCAAGAGAAAAAGGCUGACAAGAUAUGUUGCGACGUGUGCGGGCGGCAGUUCAUCUCCCCGUCCGCAUUGAGGCUGCACUACGACUUCCACCAUCUGAAGAAGAAGACCAAGCAUCACUGCGAAAUUUGUGAUAAGUACUUCCUGUCGGCGCACGACCUGCGCACGCACUCCAACACGCACACGCGCGUCCCCUGCGACUCCUGCGGGAAGAAGUUCAAGGACCAAGAGGCGCUCAGCAAACACUUGAAGAAGCACUCCCUGCCCUCGUGGAAGGGACCCUACAAAUGUCGCUCUUGUGACGUCACGUACAGCGCUCGCAACAACAUGUACGAACACUACAAGCUCAAGCAUCUCCAUCUGAAAAAAGAGGACCGCGUCACUAUCAAGAAUCUCUUCAAACUAGACAAGGAAGUUGAAGUAAUACGGCUAGAAAAUAAAUAAAAAUAAAAUGUAUUUUAAA